AUGAUAUUCUGUGGCCGUCGGGCUGGGUUCGUCAAGAUCCGCGGACUGCGUGUCGAGCUUGGUGAGAUUGAAAAUGUCAUUUGUGACUUUCUUCCCGGUGGUGAACGAGCUGCAGUCAUUCUGGCUGGGGACGAAAAUGCGAGUUCCUCAGGCCUGGUGGCUUUCAUAGAACAAAAAUAUGAGCAACCAUCGUCCUUGGCAGACCGCAUGAGCACGGGUUUACGGAAGACCCUACCAUCAUACAUGGUCCCCAGUGCCUUCGUACCUCUUCGGUCAAUGCCGCUGACUGAUUCCAAGAAGAUUGACCGUCAGCGUCUAGUUGCAGACUGGGUGAGGAUGACGUCCUCUGAGAAGAUGGCGCUUCGACCUGGUGGUGCCCUCAAUGAUACAUGGUCCCAGAUCGAUCCCGCUAACUCGCGAGCAAUCGAACUUAGCAACAUCAUUGGAGACCUUGUUGAGAAAAAUCAUCCCUCCACUGGGAAAGGCCUGCGCCGCUGGGACUUUCCUUUGACCAGUGUAGGGUUGGACUCCAUCCAAACUGUAUACUUCUCCAGGGAGAUCCGCCGCCGUUUGGGAGGCGCCAUUCGGGUUCAAGACCUCCAACAGCCUGGAAUCACAGUGUGUCAGAUUGAGCAGCAACUUUCUGAGCGGGCCAGCGGCGGAUCAGACGGACAGUCAAGUGCCAACAUUCCCAAAGACCUCCUCGGUGAAUUGCGUUCCAUCAAUAUCCCGGUACCUAUCCACACUAACAAGACCAAAACAAUAUUUGCAACCUUGGUGACUGGCUUUCUAGGCAGCCAGGUGCUUCAGGAACUAUUGGAGCACCACACUGUGGCCCGCAUUGUGGGCUUAGUGCGUGCAGGGAAUGAAGAGGAAGCCCUAGACAAGAUACGAGACCAUGCUCAGCUUGGUCAGUGGUGGCGGGCUGAAUUCGAGUCCCGAAUCGAAGUGUGGCUUGGUGAUUUGAAUCUUCCAAGGCUGGGUCUUGACGAUUCACAUUGGAUGGACCUGACGGGUCGGAUGCGUAUUGAUGGACUCAUCCACAAUGGUGCCCGGGUCAAUUGGUUGGACAAUUUCUCGACACUGAAGCCCGCCAAUGUCGACAGCACGCGCGCUAUCCUGGAGGCACUUUCCGAAAUGCCAACGCCGUGUCCGUUCACCUACGUGUGCAGCGGCUAUCUGCCAACCCCCAGCGAAACCCGAGAGCAAGUAUCGAACAGCCUCGCUCAAGCAUGUGGGUAUGACCAAAUCAAGUUUCUGUCACGGAUGACGGUAGAGAAAUAUAAUGACCAGCUCGGCAAACGGCCGAAACGGUCGGUCCCGCGAGGACGGGUGGUACAACCGGGAUUUCUGGCAGGCACAAGAUGGGAAGGAAUUGCUCAUCCCGAUGACUUCCUGUGGCGGCUGGCUUACAGCAUCCUGUCUAUUGGAAGGGUGAGCGGUGACCUGCAGCAAGGACAUAUUCCAGUGACAGGAGUUGAACAGAUGGCGUCCCUUGUGGUGGACACUGUUUUGAACCCGCAGGGCGAGCAGGCAGUGGAUUGUCACGAUGGGGUCUCGAUUGAGACCUUCUGCAGUAUUCUUAAUAACCGCAGUGGUCGGCCAGUCACAACGAUGGACCACAGUGAGUGGAUGACGGCGUUAAGGGCCGACAUAGAGAACAAUACCUUGGACCACCCUUUCCUACCCGUGUUGGAUUGGUUUGAGGCGAACAUAGAGCAGUUCAUGCGCCCUCCUCCAGCGGGGCUACCCUCUUUAUUCAAUGAAAGAGACACAGUUGCAGCCCUAGAAAAAAGCACAGAUUACUUAGUCGACGGCUUCCUUCAGAGGGAUGUUUUCUCGCGACUUGAGACCUAG